CAUCUUUGUUUUCAGGUCGUUGCUAUCUACUUGUGGACCAAGAUGAUAGACUUAGACAGGAGGACUAGCAAAGUAGAAAGCAUAUUUUUAUACGUUUCUUUCGCGGCAGCCCCAGUCCUCUGCUCUCGAUGAAAUUUGUGAUUCGCAGUCUGCGCAGUUCGCGCAAGUUGUGUACUUAGACUUACUGACUUAGUUUCCGCUCUUGGUGUUACGUGGGUUUUCGUGACAACAGCGACAUCUUCAACUCCUAUGCGACUCUGAGAUCAUUUUCAUUAUAGAUAAUUUUCCUGAUUCUUUUAUUUUUGCUUUCCAAUUAGAUCAUCGAGGAUGGACGAUGUUUCGCAGAAAAGCGGGCGCCAGCUGGUCGAUUUUCUGCUGCAGCAGUCCAGCUUUGAGGAGAAGAAAAAGCAGACGCAACGAAUCCUCGUGGACUGCUACCCGUACCCGGAAAAACUCGCGGACGUUCUGGAGCUACUGGUCGACUCCGACCGGUUUCAAACCUACGAAUUAAGGGCGGUCUUCAACCAGAUUGUUGCAGAUUACUGCGCGCUCAACAGCAGUGGAGCGGAAGAACAAAAGGUUGAUGCGUUGACGAAGGGCAUUGAAAUAACUCUUGCGAAGAUUAUGGCGAAAAAGUCGCGGCUCGCCCGCGGGUUCGAGGAGGAGGACAAGAAACUGCGCUACGUGUUGGCAAAC